AUGACACCUGUCACACUUGCCCUGGCCGGAUGUUUGCUGGCUCUCAGGAUGUCAGGGUUGGCUGCGCAGCUGGACGAUGACAUGGAAGAUCUGAAUGAGACUGUCAUUUGCACAAACGACCAGAUCAAAGUCAUCAUCCCCAGUGCAUUCUUCCUCAACAAAGUUCCUCCUGUUUAUGUAUGGGAUUUACACCUGAAUGACCCAGAGUGCCGUGGUGUGGAGAUAGGUGACAACUACGUCUUCAGUAUCGAGUCAAACCUCACCGACUGUGGAACACACACCGUUUCAGAUGGCAUGAACAUGAUGUUCAUCAACACCAUACACAACAACAACUCUGACGUCAUCACCAGAAGCUACGUGAACAUCACCUUUGGCUGCCGUUACCCGGUGAACUACAUGGUCCAGCAGCCCAGUGGUGACAACAUGAUCAGAGUUGAUGUCAGGACCAUCAUACUGAACACAGAAGAUGGGAACUUCUCUGUGGCCAUGCAGCUGUUUAAAGACCGGCUCUUUGAAGACAAGUGGAGCACGGUGCCCUCUCUUGGCCUUGACGAUGACAUCUACGUCAAAGUGUUUAUGAUACCUGCUCAUCUGACGCUGCGCCUUGAGAGGUGCUGGGCCACACCAACCAGUGAUCCUCACAGCAACAUACAAUACUCAUUCAUCCAAGAGAGCUGCCCUGUGCCUGGAAGUGACCCAACCCUGGAGGUGUUGAGGAAUGGGCAGGGACCAGAGGCCAUGUUCAGGAUCCAGAUGUUCAAGUUUGUGGGCAGCUCCUACACAGAUGUCUUCCUGCACUGCAUUGUCCAGAUCUGCCCCAGCUCUGGAGGAGUCUGCCAACCCAACUGCUCUGGAGAGGAAGCAUCGAGCAGAACGAGAAGGGAUGUCACCAUGUCCCAUACUGUAUCUUAUGGACCAAUCAGAAGACUGCUAGACAACAGGGAACUCAACAACCUGAAUAACAAGGUGGUCAUCUCUGUAGAGAGUGUUGUGCUGGGAAGCUUACUGCUGGUGUUGAUACUGAUAACAGGAGUGUUUGUUCGACUCUGGCAUCGCAGCAGGCGGUCCUACCCCCCCAAUGAUGCUCAGCUGACUCUUUCAAACAUUCACCACCUUUCUGAGGUGGCAUCAUGAACUGUCUCCUCUCCCUCAUGGAUAUAAUUGUACAUAAUGAGAUUUAAUGCUGACGUGUCUGUAAUCUGCCAGACAUUAGGUAGUUUUUUGGACAGUUUUUUCUUAUGACGACUUCAUAAAGAGAUGUGAGAGAAAAUGAAAACAAUACCCCACAUAUUCCAUUUCAUACAGUGCACAUCUACAGUACACG